UUCUCCUCCUCCUCCCUUCUCCGGGGCUGCGGCCCCGCGCCCCCGCCCCACCCGGCCGGCACCUUCGCCCCCGGCCGGAGGUCGGCAGUCGGAGCGGGGCCGGAGCGCGGGAUGUCGGCUGGCCCGAUGGCGGCAAGCGGCGCGGGCGGCGCCGGGGCCCGGGAGGGAGCCCGGGUGGCCGCGCUGUGCCUGCUGUGGUAUGCCCUGAGCGCGGGCGGGAACGUGGUCAACAAGAUCAUCCUCAGCAGCUUCCCCUUCCCGGUGACGGUGUCCCUGUGCCACAUCCUGGCGCUGUGCGCCGGCCUGCCGCCGCUGCUGCGGGCCUGGCGCAUCGGGCCCGGGCCCGACCCGCUCCCGCCGGGCUUCUACCCGCGCUACGUGCUGCCCCUGGCCUUCGGCAAGUACUUCGCCUCGGUGUCGGCCCACUUCAGCAUCUGGAAGGUGCCGGUGUCCUACGCGCACACGGUGAAGGCGACGAUGCCCAUCUGGGUGGUGCUCCUGUCCCGGAUCAUUAUGAAGGAGAAGCAGAGCACGAAGGUUUAUUUAUCCUUAAUUCCUAUCAUCAGUGGUGUCCUGCUGGCUACAGUCACUGAGUUGUCUUUUGAUAUGUGGGGUCUCAUCAGUGCUCUUGCAGCAACCCUCUGUUUCUCACUUCAGAACAUAUUCUCCAAAAAGGUGUUGAGAGACUCCCGGAUCCAUCACCUUCGGUUGCUGAACAUCCUGGGUUGCCAUGCUAUCUUCUUUAUGAUCCCAACAUGGGUUUUGGUUGACCUUUCUUCUUUCCUAGUAGAGAAUGACCUGAAUUCAAUAUCCCAGUGGCCGUGGACAUUAAUGCUCCUGGCAAUCAGUGGAUUCUGUAACUUUGCCCAGAAUGUCAUUGCCUUCAGUAUUCUCAAUUUGAUCAGCCCUCUGAGUUACUCCGUGGCAAAUGCCACAAAAAGGAUCAUGGUCAUCACCGUUUCCCUCAUCAUGCUACGAAACCCAGUCACCAGCACCAACGUUCUGGGCAUGAUGACGGCCAUCUUGGGGGUCUUCUUGUACAACAAGACAAAAUAUGAUGCAAACCAAGAAGCAAAGAAGCAGCUCCUCCCUGUUACAGCUGGGGACCUCGUGAACCUGGAACACCAUCGGAACGUACCCGAAAAAUCUCAGAAUGGAAUUCUUUUCCCCCAACAUGGAGACUAUCAAUAUGGCCGAACCAGUGUCUUAACAGAUCACUUUCAGUACAAUAGGCAGAACUAUCCAAACACGUACAGCUUAAAUCGAUAUGACGUGUAAGCUUAUAGAGAACAGAGAGAGACUGUUUUGAGGUUCCUUUCUCCACCCCCCCACCCCCAGCCUCAGCAGUAUCAGAAACUUCUGGCUCGCCAGUGAAUGUAAAAAAACAAAAAACGGUGAUUGUGCAUCUUCUGGAGUUGGGAAGGUGCAUGAUUAUCAGAGGUACAGGUGUUCUCUUCCACUAAACAUAUUCUUAUGCAUGGAGCAACUAGUGUAAUCUGUCUGGAACAGGGAUUGUGCCGGCGUCGCAAGAGGGGUAGGUCCGGUUCAAAAACGUCAGCGUGGAUAUCCACUUUGGCAGUAUUUCCUCUGAGAGCCUGUAUUCUGAGGAUCGUGUGGCUAGGAAGAUGGUGGCCAGUGUUACCUCUCUGACCUUGACUGGUCCGACUGUACAGAUUUUUAAGUUCUCCCCUUUGUGUUGCUUUCUAAAACCCCAGAGAAAAACUGAAAUGAACUUCCCCCGUUGGUGUUAAGUUCUUCCUCUUGUGCACCAGCCGUGUGCUUAGCAUCUAGCAGUAGAAAUUUGAAUUUAAUUUCACAACACCUGGAGGAAUUGACGAUGGUCGAUCUAUUACCUAUGGCAUCUAUACACAAAAAAAUCCUCUGACCUUUACUUUCUUAAAUAACGGUAGUCCUUUAUAUGUCAGAAUAUUCCCCGAUAAGGGAAAGGACCCAUUAGAAAAUGGUUAUCCAGUUCACUUGCAUUGGGACUUGCUUCCUCUCCGUCGUGAAAUUUGAUCACGCUUCAUUCCCCUCUGAUUAUCGUGGGCUACGUCCCCGACGAACCCCACGUUAAGGGAGACGUGCAUCGGAGUACCGUCUCUCCCGACCUCACAUCAGGUUCUCUCCAGACAGGUGCGUACCAUCAAAAGAACGUUCCCCAAGUCCCCAACAGUGUGUUAGCCAAAACGCGUAGAGAAAAUACGUGGUACGGAAGAACUAAGGGUAUUGACAAGUUCGGUAGAGAGGAAAUCAGGCAGGCAGAUGCCGAGUGACUCAUUUUAUGAGAAGAAUUUUGCACUUUUCUAUAAUGAUAAUUAAGGUAUUUAUUACAAGCUUACUCUAUGCUAAGCACCGAGGUGGAUAUCGGGUAAUUAGAUUAGAGGCAGCCCCUGUCCCAGUUAGGGAGAAUAGGUGUCAUAGUACCGUUUUAUUGAUGAAACUGAGGCACAGGGAGGUUAAGAGACUUGCCCCAAGUCACACAGCAGGCCAGUGGCAGACCUGGGAUCAGAACCCAGGUCUUCUGACUCCCAGGCUCUGGCCAUACUGCCCAUCUACCCUCUACCACUCCUGAUGUGACUGGCUUCUGUGUCUGAACCCCUUUGAAUUUCAAUGUUUUUAAACCGUUGAUUUUAUUCUACUUUUAUCUGCCUCGUUGAUGUUUCUGUGUAAAGUUACAGUCUGUUAUGCAUCGCGUCUUAUAAUUUCAGACCAAAUUACUGUAAUCUUUGAACAAAAUAAAUUAAUUGAGAAUGUUUCAAAAGCCCUGGGCUUCCUUAGUACAUAAGCGAUGCCGAUAUUUGCAUUCGGCCUAAAGGUGAAUAUUAAAGAACUGUACAUUUCUGGAUCUUGUGAUCGCACACAGGUAUCCAAAUAUAAGAUUUCUGGGCCAUUUGGUUUCUGAAAAUUAGAGCAAAAGCGAGCAGCAUUAUCUGAUUUGUUAGAUGAUAGAUAUGGGAGAAGAGGAGCAGUGGUUUCUGGGAAAAGCUCAUAGGAUUAUUAUUAUUAUUAUUAUUUUUGGAUAUGGUUGUGAGGUUGGAACUACUUUCCCCCCUUCUCUUUUUUGGUAAUAAUGGAUUAUUUCGCUUUUCCAUCAAUCCUAUGAUGUGUAAAGAAAUGAGGCUAGUUUUUUUUUCCUUUUCAUUCUACGUGCCAGGCUAUCCCAGUUAAAAUUAUUUUUACUCACUGGCUUAUUGCAAUUGUCUGUUAAGUCCUAAAGAGCUAGUUUUCCCCUAUUCUAGAAUAUUUGUUUGGCAUAGUCCUCUGACCAGGAUGUACGAUGAGGCUUCACUAAUAAUGGAAUGAGAUAUCAUUCCAUUUUUUUGUAUGGGUCCUGUAAUAUUUCUUGUAAAUCUUUGUUCCCACUUUUCUACGGUGGUACUUUUGUAAGGCGAAGGGGAAGUAGGAAAGCAAAAUGAAAACCAUUCUAGAUUGUAGGCGAGGUUAGAUUCUGAAGUUGGUAUUUUUUUAGUUGGCAGUGUGCCAGAGAGAGGACAUUACUAAGUGAAUUCUUAGUCUCACUAGCACAGUAGUGUUCCUGGCUCUAUUUUAGUUUCCAAGGACAUUACUCAAAUUCUAAAAUGACUGUGUCUGCAUUCAACUAAAAUGAAGUUUCUGGUAUUGCAGUUUAUCUGUUAAUUUAAAUUUUUCCAUUUGCAAUGAGAGAUCCUACUCUAAAAUGAAGCAACUGUCAGGUUUUACAAUGGCUUGUAAAUUAAUAAAUGGCAUAUUUGUACAUAUGUUUAUGGCAAGUGCGUACACUGGACUGAAACUAGACAAUCAUAUAAGAUGACGACCCUCCCGCUACAUCAGAGGAAAGGAAAUCAUUUUUAAAGAAUAUGACGUAGCUCAAAGUACAUGUACAUAGAACUUUAGCCAUUCAGUGAGACUCGGUUUUGUUUUACCUACCCUAUCGUUUACGGUAGUUUGUCUUUAUCGCCAGACAUUUACGUGAGGAAAAUGAAACUAACCCUUCAAGGAGGAAUGUUCGAUUUAGGAAGUAGCACUUAACAGCUUUUCUAAACCCACGAAAUUUUGCUAUGCAUCUAACAUAAAACCGUGAAAGAGGGAUGUUUCUCAAAAUGGCCCAUAACUGGACUUAGGACACAUCAUAGUAUAAUGGUCUUAAAUAGAAGCGUUAUUUAAAUACUUGAAAAUUUGCAGACCUGUUUUAAAUUAUAUUGCACUUGUUUCCAAGUCUGAGAUGCUUAUGAAUCGUUCUGUGAAAGUUCAUUCUUCAUGUUAUGUAUAUUUACCGAUGGCGUUUACCAAAAAAAAUAAAUGACCAUCCAUGGGGAAAUAGAA